AUGGCGUCUGCAAUUUUCGCUUCAGUACCAUUCUCUUCUUCUUCUUCUUCACGGGCUCUUGAUAAGAACCCACUUCAUUUAUCACCCAUAUCCUCUUAUUCUUCCUUUUACAGACACCCCUUUGGCCCAAAACCUAAAUUUUCUCGAAAAAGAUCGAGUCUUUAUGCGAAAGCCGAGAAUACAAACGAGCCCUCAUCUUCUUCUUCUCUGGCUACUACAGACCCAAAAGAUGAUGUGAAUGAUAAUAGGGUUAUUGAUACCGCAAAUGGUGAGAGCAAUAGCUCUGAGAAUGAAUCUAAGGUUUGUGAAUCCGAUGUGGGUGCGAGAGAAAAGAUGCAAGAAAUGGAUUGGAAAAGUGAUAAGGAGUUCAAGAAUUUCAUGGGUAAUCCUUCUAUUGAGGCUGCUAUAAAGCUUGAGAAAAAAAGAGCUGAUAGGAAACUCAAGCAGCUGGUUAGAGAGAGAAAUGAUAAUCCUUUGGUUGGGUUCUUUAACAAUUUGGUUAGCAAUAGUUUGUUUAGAGAGAGGGAGAGGCUGGAGAAGGCAGAGGAAGCUUUCAAGGCUCUUGAUCUCAACAAGUUGAAGAGUUGUUUUGGGUUUGAUACAUUUUUCGCGACGGAUGUUAGGAGGUUUGGAGAUGGUGGAAUUUUUAUCGGGAAUUUGCGAAAGCCAAUAGACGAGGCAAUACCUAAAUUGGAGAAGAAACUAUCGGAAGCUGCAGGAAGGGAGGUUGUGGUGUGGUUUAUGGAAGAGAAAACUAAUGAUAUCACAAAACAGGCAUGUGUAGUGCAACCCAAGGCCGAGAUGGAUCUCCAGUUUGAGUCCACUAAACUAAGUACUCCUUGGGGCUAUUUUAGUGCAGUAGCACUAUGUGUCACAACUUUUGGGACAAUAGCUUUGACAAGCGGUUUUUUCCUCAAGCCUGAUGCCACUAUUGAUGACUACUUGUCUGAUGUUGCGCCCUUGUUUGGUGGCUUCUUGACCAUUUUAGCAGUUUCUGAGAUUGCAACAAGAGUAACUGCGGCCCGUUAUGGAGUCAAGCUCAGCCCAUCUUUUCUUGUCCCGUCCAAUUGGACGGGCUGCCUUGGUGUCAUAAACAAUUACGAGUCUUUACUUCCCAAUAAGAAGGCCCUGUUUGAUAUACCCGUGGCCCGAACAGCCAGUGCAUACUUAACAUCAUUGGUCCUUACAAUUGCUGCUUUUGUAUCGGACGGAAGUUUUAACGGAGGGGACAAUGCAUUGUACAUAAGGCCUCAAUUCUUUUACAAUAAUCCCCUACUUUCGUUUAUUCAAUAUGUGAUAGGGCCGUAUACCGACGAUCUUGGUAAUGUUUUGCCUUAUGCAGUUGAAGGUGUUGGAGUUCCGGUUGAUCCUCUCGCUUUUGCUGGAUUAUUAGGCAUGAUCGUGACAUCUCUAAACUUGCUCCCGUGCGGGAGGCUCGAGGGUGGCCGAAUUGCCCAGGCCAUGUUUGGCCGGAGCACGGCAGCUCUACUCUCGUUUGCAACCUCGUUUCUGCUGGGAAUUGGCGGCCUGAGUGGGAGUGUACUGUGCCUUGCAUGGGGCCUCUUUGCGACUUUUUUCCGGGGAGGAGAGGAGAUUCCAGCAAAGGACGAAAUUACCCCUCUGGGGGAGGACCGGUUUGCAUGGGGAUUCGUGCUAUUUCUGAUUUGCUUCCUCACGCUCUUCCCCAAUGGAGGUGGGACCUACUCGAGCUCGUUUUUCGUGGGCCCGUUUUUCAGGGGUGACCUGUGA